CUUAUCUGUCAAAAACGGUAGUAGUAUUAUUUAAAUAAUCCAGGAAAAGUGCCAUAGUUUUUAAAAUUAAUUAUUUAAUCUGUUUCUGUGAAAAUGUGUAAAUAUAUAAUUACUGUAGACAAAUGUGAUAUAAUUUAAAUUUGAACAAUUUGUGCAAGUGUUGUGCUAACCCGGUGUAAUAGCUCACAGGAUUGAAUAAAUGUAUUGAUUUUUUGGUUUCAUCAAACGAAUUGAGGUUUUUUAGACAUUGCAAAGUGCUGGAGAAUCAGGAAAAAGUACUAUCGUAAAACAAAUGAAAAUUAUCCAUGAGUCGGGUUUCACAAGCGAAGACUUCAAACAAUAUCGACCAGUUGUUUACAGUAAUACCAUUCAAUCACUGGUUGCCAUACUGCGGGCCAUGCCCAAUUUGGGCAUUAGUUUUGGGAAUAAUGAAAGAGAGACGGACGGCAAAAUGGUCUUUGACGUAAUCCAACGUAUGGAGGAUACAGAAGCAUUUUCCGAGGAACUUUUAGCAGCUAUGAAGCGACUUUGGUCCGACAGCGGGGUACAGAAUUGCUUUGGACGGUCCAAUGAAUACCAAUUGAACGACUCGGCUAAAUAUUUCUUAGACGAUUUAGACCGACUAGGUGCCAGGGAUUACCAACCUACGGAGCAGGAUAUUCUACGUACGCGUGUUAAAACUACUGGUAUUGUCGAGGUCCACUUUUCUUUCAAGAAUCUUAAUUUCAAACUAUUCGAUGUGGGAGGUCAGCGUUCAGAAAGAAAGAAAUGGAUCCAUUGCUUUGAAGAUGUUACUGCAAUUAUUUUCUGUGUUGCUAUGUCAGAAUAUGAUCAAGUAUUACAUGAAGAUGAAACAACGAAUCGAAUGCAAGAGAGUUUGAAACUGUUUGAUUCUAUUUGCAACAACAAAUGGUUCACCGACACCUCUAUCAUUUUAUUCUUGAACAAGAAGGAUCUUUUUGAAGAGAAAAUUCGCAAAAGUCCUCUGACCAUAUGCUUCCCAGAAUAUGCAGGCGCUCAAGAGUACGGCGAGGCGGCCGCCUACAUCCAAGCCCAAUUCGAGGCGAAGAAUAAGUCGACAACAAAGGAAAUCUACUGCCACAUGACGUGCGCCACCGAUACAAAUAACAUCCAAUUCGUAUUUGAUGCCGUUACAGAUGUCAUUAUCGCUAACAAUUUGCGAGGCUGUGGCUUGUAUUAAAAUUCUUCCCAUUUUUCACGAGUGGCACAUAUUAAAAAUGACGCCACUUAUAGUCCUAUUCAAAUGUCACAACGUUCCACUAACAUUUCAGAUAAACGACAGUUGAUAGCGACAAGAAGGACCCUUUGUGUAAACGAUAUAUAUCUAGAGUAUCAGAAAUAUAUAACAUAUAUAUACAAAUUAUAAUAUAUAGAAAAAAUCGCUCUUUUUAAGACUAUUGAAUUCAACGUAGUCGCAUGGUCACAGUUUAGAUACAUAUGAGUACAAAUGGUCGCUAAAAUUGAAAUGCUGAAUAUUAUCGCUAAUGAUAAAUUAAUAGUCUGUAUUUCUAGUGUCACUUGUUGCGUAUAUAUAUUAUCCAGUAUGAUAUAUGUCGUGGAUACAGUAAAAGAAGUAUGGAUGUGAGAUUCUAACAUAAUAUUAUUAAGACAUGUUUUUUUUUAUUUGAGAUUAUAAUUGCAUUUAAAUCAGAAUUACAUCUUGACUGACCAAUAUUUGCACCCAUACGUAUGUAGAUGUUCUGAUGUUUUGAAUAAUUAUAAUAAAACACUUUCCAUAAGGUCUUGAAUCUUACUCAAUAUUCCAUAUCUUCUUCUAAAGCGGAUCAUGGUAUUUUGAGGCUUUAUCAUUCAGGCAAAAUUAAGUAUUUAAAAUUUAAACGUUUCUGGAAUAUAUUAUUCCAUCUUGUGAUGCAUUUCUCUAAUGCUGCAACAAAAACACAGUAUUUGUUAUAAUUAUUUUCAACCUAGAAUUCAACUCGACUAUUUUGGAUUAUGUUCAACGAUAUGCAUAAAUGAUCUUGCACAAAGAUUAAUUUUAAUCAUGAACACAGCACAAUUUGUUAAAUAUUAAAUCUAUUAAAUAUAUUUCUAUAAAACGCUGUGCCAAUUGCUUCAAAGUCUCAGAUGAUAUCUAUUAGCUUCAUCACAAAUUCUAAAUAAAGAAAUCAUUUUGAGUAUUUAUCAAUCUGAAUCGAGUUUUAAAUAUUUUAUAACAUAAGAUAUGCAUUUCAAAUUCAUUUACACUGUAUAUGUAUUUGGAAAUAUUAAGAUUCAUAGAAUAAGAAAUAUAGAAGCAUUUUACUGUAUAAUAUUGAAUGUCUAUAAAUUAACUCAAGCAUUUAUUUUGUACUACAGAGCAGUCUAUUUGAAUGAGUCAGAAAAUUAUUUUAUACAUUUUAAAAUACAUUUUUAUGAUACUUUUAUAUAAAUUUGCUCAGUAAUACGUUUAGUAUGAAUUCAUUGUAGUAAGCGUUUGAUUUUACAGUAAAUGACAUGGGAAAUUUAUUCCUUAUAUUAGUUUUAGUAUAAUUUAAUAUAAUAUAUAAAGUAUGUACAGCAAUCUAUUUAAAUUAAUAACACAUAUUCACAAUGAGCUCACGUUUUAAUACAUAUAAAUAUAAAUAAAUAUGUAAUGAUAGGAUCA